AUGCGCUCGCGAACGCUUCUACUGGGAAGCUGCAUCGGGAGCGCGCUCGGCUCCUGUCAAGUCGAGCUUUUGCAGGACACCUUGCGCGGCCCAGGUGGUUGCACGGAGGCAGGGGCGGAACAGCUUGUGGACCCUUUCGCCAAAGCCGUCGUGCAGUGCUACAUGCAGUGCAUGGCAGCCUUCACGAUCGAGCUGGAGGAGGUCAUGGUCCCCAAUACCAUCCAUGCCGAGCCGCAGAAGCCAGUGUGUGAACACCCGGAGUUAUCCAUGGCCUGCAGCCCGUUGAGGUUUACCUGCAGCAAGCCCUUGUCGGAAAUCCCGAACUCCUGCCGUGGCGCCUCGAUUGGGCUUGUUCGCAGGCCGCGGAUGGUUUGGUACCCUGAACACCACGUGCUCCAUGGACUACGAAGUCAAGGAGGGAAGCUGCUUGGGGCUCACCGCACCGCCUCCUCCGCGUCCCUGGGAGCCGUGGCGCUUCACUGCGGCCAUGGCUACGGUCGUCCUGCUCUUCGUGGCCCUGGCGGCAUUGCUUGUACGACGGACUCGGCUGAGCAAUGCGCAGAGGGCAUCCAGGGACACGGACAUCGAGCUUAG